UUAAGCCGAGUUCAUCAUGUUUCUUCCUCCAUCAUCACAUUUCUCCUCCUUGCUUUUUCGUUGCCUUCAAUAAUCAUAUACUUACCCCCUUUGAAACAGAGGAAAACACAUAAACAGAGGAAGGGAGAGAGAGACUUGGCUUGAAAUCAGGAAUUGUUCACUAAUUCAUGUAUUGUAAAAUUCAUUAGAGCAACCAGAAUUAUACACGUUCAAGUCAACUUUUGAUUCGUUCAAUUUACAGUUCACCAUUGUUUGAUUGCUGUUUCAACAGUGGAAAUGAAAUGAAGCAAAAAAUGGAAACAAAAAGUUGACGUAAAAGUUGAAAGUGAAAAGAUCAAUCCUUUGUCUUUGCAAUUGGACUUUGACUCAACCUUUGUUACCAGGAAAAAGCGAAAGACUAAAAAGAUUUCUUAUCUUUACCAUCUUUGUUACUGUCUCGUCUCUGGUAAUUUUUUUGGUAAUCUUACGGUUUCUUGAAUCUGGUGUAACUUUAUUUUUGGUCUGGCUUUUAUAACAGUCCGGUUAACAAUUUUAAACUCAUUUUCUAUCAACUUUACACUCUUGUUGUUCACCUUUUUCAUGAAUCAUUUUCACUGAAAUGGCAACAACGGUUCACCCAAUAGGUGGACAAUCAAUCAACACUGGAUCAAAUCAACAACCAAAUAAUCCGACAAUAGUUCAACAACAGCGAUUACCAGAAGAUGUUGUUCAACAGCAACAGCAACAGCAACAGCAACAACAGCACCAACAACAUUCACAACAUCAUCAAACCCAUCAAGCUCAUUACCAUCAUCAUCCAUCUUUAACCAUUUCUGGCUCUCCACCAAUGAUACCAGGACCUAAUUCACCUCAAGAUAAACAAUUUGAAUUACCGUAUACAAUCGGACAUAAUCCUGGUCUGUGCGCCUUGAUAUUAACAGUUAUUUCUGUGAUACUCAUUGUAUUAACACUGCCUUUUUCACUUUUCUUUUGUAUCAAGGUUGUCCAAGAAUAUGAAAGAGCCGUUAUAUUUCGUCUCGGUAGAUUAGUCAAAGGAGGAGCAAAAGGACCAGGAAUCUUCUUUAUUAUACCUUGUAUUGAUACUUACUCUAAAGUUGACCUUAGAACAGUUUCAUUUGAUGUUCCUCCUCAAGAGAUUUUGUCCAAAGAUUCAGUAACGGUGGCGGUUGACGCUGUAGUCUAUUAUCGUAUAAGUAAUGCAACCAUUGCAGUGUCAAAUGUUGAAGAUUAUGGACGAUCAACUCGUUUGUUGGCAGCCACAACCCUUCGUAAUGUCCUUGGUACCAAAAAUUUGUCCGAAAUAUUAUCUGAAAGAGAAUCGAUAAGCCAUAUUAUGCAAAGUAGCCUGGAUGAAGCAACGGAUCCAUGGGGAGUUAAAGUUGAAAGAGUUGAAAUUAAAGAUGCUCGUCUUCCAGUGCAACUUCAACGUGCCAUGGCAACUGAGGCAGAGGCUGCUCGAGAAGCUCGAGCUAAAGUGAUUGCUGCUGAAGGUGAACAAAGAGCCUCUCGAGCAUUAAAGGAAGCAGCGGAUGUAAUUCAUGGUUCACCAGCAGCAUUACAACUUCGCUACCUUCAAACACUCAAUUCAAUUGCGGCUGAGAAAAAUUCGACAAUUGUAUUUCCUUUGCCAAUCGAUCUUUUUCGUGGUUUCUUGAGCAAUGACCAUGCUUGGGAUGAACCUUCUGAAAGCAAUCAGCAUCAUCAAUCUCACGAAGAUGUCAAUCAGCACAAUAAACAUGCCUCUUCUCAACGUCGUCGUAAUCCCUCUUCACAUCAUCAUCCAAACAAUCGGUCAACUAUGCCUAAUGGAUUAUUAAAAGGACAAAAUGUUGUUAAUAGUAUUAAUAAUAAUGAUAAUAAUGAUGGUAAUAAUAAUGGAAACCAAGUGACCAAUGAUGUUAAUAAGGAACCAUUACCAUCAAUAUCACAACCAUCAUCAACACCGAGCCAAUCAAACAAUCAAGUUCAUCCUUAUCCUUCCUCAUCGAUACAGACUGAUUUGCAAAAGUCUGAAUCUACAGAAUAACAAAAACUAAAAAAACAGAAAUUGUUAAACAAAAAAAUACAUAUAAAUCAAUAUUAUUAAUUUUUAUCAUGUAAUAUAAUCAAGUUGUUUUUUGUCUCACCUCAGUAAAUAAUUAAAUUAAGAUAUGUUGAUAUAAUUCAA